GUAAUUCUGGAAGUGACAGAUCAGGAAGUAACAAUUAAAGAACGGUUUACCAGAAUAGCUAUAUGGCAUGUGCGAUGUGUAUGCAUCCUCCGAACACAGUGCAUUGAGCUGACAAGUGUUUGAAAUGCAUCGACCCACCAAGUAAAUCUUCAUAAAGAUGGACGAGAUAAGUCCAUUGCUCGGCACCCGGCACCAUGAAAGCAUUGAUCUUCCCUCUCCGAACCUGAGGCCAAGGCAUCGCGAACUCAUUCCGACACCAUGUGGUCCGAUAAAGCCUUGGUCAGAGUUGACCCUCCUGGUUAAAGUAUACUACUGUUUCACUAUCACAUCUUUACUGGGAGUUCUGGUCCUUACUGUGGUUAACAUCUACAAUCAAAGCCAGAAGAAGUCCAGCUUGGAAGAGGACUUGUCUGUGUCCCUCAUACAGCUUGUGGGAAUAUUGUUCUGCCUGUAUUACGUCACGCGGGGGAUCCUGCAGGAGAACCGCCAGGAGCUGAUCGUCUUCGUGCUGAGCGUGCUGCUGGUCAUGGUGCGCUCUGUGGUCAACUUCACGGUUCUUCCCUCGGAGGAACGGAAGAAGCUGCUUCUGGUGCGCUUCGUGUGUAUCCUCUGCCUGGGGCUCGUUCAUGUGGUCUGCGCCACGCUGCUCAUCCAGAGGCCCAACAUGAUGGCAUUCCGAGUGGGCGGGGCCCUGGAGAGCCUGCAGGAGCAGUACUUCCUGCUCAACCUCUGCUUCUCCAUGGUGACCUUUGACCUGCAGGCCCAGCUGUGCCUGUGCAUCCUGAUAAUAACGUCGGACAUCUCCUACGCUCACAGCAUCAUCCUGGGCUUCGGGAUCUGCUGGGCCUGCCUGACAGCGGCCAUCGGAGCCAUCGCAGUUUUAAAAGAAUUGAAGCCCCUUGUCUGGAUAUUUGGUCUUCUGAACCUACCAGAGUUGGCAUACUUCAUUUACCUGCUGUACACGGUCAUUAACCAGUGGGGGCGGGGCCCGUCGUACACGCAGGAGGCGGCUGCCAUCACAGGCUCCUGCAUCUCGGUCAUGAUCAAAGGCAUCCUCUUCUGGGCACUUUUCCGCCUGUACCGCAGCUUCGGCCAAGGCCUGCGGGAGAGGAUGUUUGCAUCCGGCCGGCAAUGAGGACACUCCUCCCAUUGGAACAGAGCAUCAUGGGAUACGUGAUGUCAAUAAUGGGUCAACAGUGGGUCCACAGGGGACGCUAAUAGUGGUGAAGUGACUCUCAUGAGCAGACGCAUUUCUGUGGUCCAGAAACCUGCACCUUACAGUAGGGAUUGACUGUCCGUUACAGCAAGAUGCACACGCCUCUGUUGUCUGCAACGGCAAGAUAUUAAUGAGCUUUUUAACGCUGUUUCAAGUUUUAAUAUAUGUACUGCAUUAACAAAGGAGCAAGAACCCAACGUUUAGCAUUAUGGUGGUGGUCCAUCCAGUUGUACUUAGUUGUCCAUGUUUUAUGUUAGGGAAUAUUUUUUUAAGAAGUUUUAUACGUAUCUUUUCCUCACAACAUUCUAACUCUUGGGACUGCAAAGCAGUGAAACCCAGUCAACAUUACAUUUGUAAAAGUGCCUCUAACUUGUCUUGUUUUUUUUCCCCCUCAUAUUUUGUUGAAUCUUUACAUCUUCUUACGUGCCUUUUGCUGGUAUUUUUUAUACAUUCAACAGAAGAUGAAAAGUACUGUUAACUCAUCACCGUGAGGUUUGCACAACGAUUUCUGCCUUGUAAGGCUCAAUCUGAGCAGCUUUGCCCUGUGGAAUUGCACUAACCAAUAGCAGUGAGUGACGGUUCCCAGUACACCAAGGCACAGAUGUGUUUCACACAGAAAGGUUUCAUUUUGUAUUUUAUUCCAUCUAGUGGAGGGAAUGUGUGUAGCAGUGCUGCUUUUUUGAAAAAAUACCCUCUGUAGAUACCAAAGGAACUUAAAGGCGGAGAUAUUUUGUUUAAAUUUCCCAUGACGGUAGAUCAUAAAUUUUCUUUUUAUAGUUUUCUGAUCUUGUGCACUUUGGAUAUACUAAUGCACUAAUUCGUUUAAUUAUGAGGAGCUCUGUUUGUAAAAUAUGCUUAAUUUUAAGUAUUUUAAUUGUGUGCACAUUAUUUUUACUUAUGAAAAUUAUGCUCUGCUGAUCUGUAUCGAAGGAAAAUAUCACUGACAGACUUUGAAGUGUUAAGAUGGGGUCUUGAUGUAUAUUCUUUGAUACCUACACACCAAUCUUAUAUCUCCAGUUUAUUUUCAGUGGGUUGGUGAGGACCGAUCAAUGUUUCACUACAAACUUGCCCUUAGUUCUCUUUGUUACUUUGUCGGGAUAUACAGUCUGUUGGUGCAGAAACAGUCUUGGGUUAUUUUAGAUUUGGAGUGCCAAAUAACAUAGCAAGAGAAGCUAAUGAGAUCCAUUAGGAAUCCAUUGAUAUACAUGAAGUUUAACCUCUU